UGGUUUUGCAGCGAUGGGAAGAUGCGACCUGUCACCCUGCAGGAAUGAUUGACAGCGGCGGACUUCGGCCGUUGAGGGGGCUGUGCGCGUGACGUCAGCGCGCCGCAGCAGACGCUGCAGGCCUCGCGGUUAAUUAGAUGCAAGGGAGACACAAGAAAUGUAUCGACCCAAGGUUACCCUUAAGGAUCGGCAGCACCUUUACCGACUUAUUAUUGGCCAACUGCUUUAUGAUGGGUACAUGAACAUUGCAUCAAACCUUAUCAAUGAGAUCAAGCCACCAUCAGUUUGCUCACCCUCUGAGCAACUACUACAUCUUGCCAAGCUCGGAAUGGAGAAUGAUGACAAUACUGUUCAGUAUGCUAUUGGGCGCUCAGACACUGUGGCUCCUGGAACAGGCAUUGAUAUGGAAUUUGAUGCUGAUGUUCAGACUAUGUCCCCGGAAGCUGCUGAGUAUGAGACAUGCUAUGUGACAUCGCACAAAGGACCAUGUCGAGUUGCCACCUACAGCCGAGAUGGACAGCUGAUUGCUACAGGUUCUGCUGAUGCAUCCAUCAAGAUUCUGGAUACCGAGAGGAUGCUAGCAAAGAGUGCCAUGCCUAUUGAGGUGAUGAUGAAUGAGACAGCACAGCAAAACAUGGAGAACCAUCCUGUAAUCCGCACGCUAUAUGAUCAUGUGGAUGAGGUCACAUGCCUUGCUUUCCACCCCACAGAGCAGAUACUAGCAUCGGGGUCAAAGGACUACACACUGAAACUUUUUGAUUAUUCCAAACCUUCUGCCAAAAGGGCAUUCAAGUAUCUUCAGGAAGCGGAAAUGCUGCGCUCCAUCUCUUUUCAUCCUUCUGGAGAUUAUAUUCUUGUGGGAACACAGCAUCCCACUCUGCGAUUGUAUGAUGUCAACACCUUUCAGUGCUUCGUGUCGAGCAAUCCCCGUGAUCAGCAUAAAGAUGCCAUCUGUGCUGUGAGCUACAAUCCCAGUGCCAAUACAUAUGUCACUUGCAGUAAAGAUGGCAACAUCAAACUCUGGGACGGUGUAUCAAACCGCUGCAUCACAACUUACGAGAAAGCCCAUGACGGUGCGGAGGUGUGCUCCAUUAUGUUCUCAAGAAAUUCAAAGUAUGUUUUGUCAAGUGGAAAGGAUUCUAUUGUGAAACUAUGGGAAAUAUCAACUGGACGUACAAUGGUCAAAUAUACAGGAGCAGGAUUGAGCGGUAGACAAACACACCGUACCCAGGCAGUUUUCAACCACACUGAAGAUUACGUGCUUCUCCCUGAUGAAAGAACGAUUAGCCUUUGUUGCUGGGAUUCACGUACAGCUGAGCGCAAGAACCUCCUGUCUCUUGGUCACAACAAUAUUGUUCGCUGCAUCGUGCAUUCGCCUACCAAUCCUGGUUUCAUGACAUGCAGUGAUGACUUCAGGGCUAGAUUCUGGUAUAGAAGGUCUAGCACUGAUUGAUUGAGACAUUCAAAGGGAAAGGAAUGAGGAAGUAGAGAAGCUCACAACCUGGUUCCUAUACAUUGAGAAAAAGUUGGGAAGUUUGUAGGAAUUGAAGUUUUUUCAACUUGGUCAUCUCUCCUCUAUUGUGUUCUAAACUUUCGUCUAAAUUCAUGCUAAAAUAUGGUAUUACCCAGUUAGUUUUAAGGUGCCAUGCUGAUUGGCCUCCGCAAGUCAAUGGGCUGUUUGGCCCAUGUUGGUUUUAUUCACUUUAUUCCUGAAAGAGAGACAUCUUGCAACAUGAGGAAUGACAGGUUUGUGUUCUCAUGUUAUCUUCCUGCAAUUUAAACUAAAAAAAAUCCUAGCUUUGAGUCAUGGGACCAGUAAAGGUAUUUCAAUCUCAGAACUCAAGCCAUUGCUUUCAUCACUUAGAUGAUGCAACACCGAACUUUAACAUGCGAGGUUGAAGUUACUGGUGUGAAAGAUCACUAAAUUAGCCCAGAAUUCUUUCAGUUUAGGAUUUGGCAGAAAUUGAACUUUGUGUGUACUCCUGCUUUUUAAAUAUUUCUUGAUAUUAUUAGAUUGAAUUUAUUUUCCAAAAUAUUAAUCAUUGGCAUCUUGCCAUAGUGUCUGCUCUUUAUACGUAAACUGCAGGUUGAAUGUUGGCAGACAAUUUACUCAAGUGGGCAUCACAGUGAGAACAGCUGAGUUGAAAUUAGUGAAGCACCUUUGGGACCUUGUCGUUUACAGUUCACAAGACAUUGUCUUUACCGAGUGAGCUACUGGGGUAGACCUGUUUAAAAAAUAUGUAUCGGUCUGAUUCUUGAGUGAUAUUAACUCAUUGUCUCGCAUUACUACCCAAGCAUUUCACUCUAGUUUUGUAAAGUUCAAGUUGUUUCUCCUGACUGGACUUCUGUUUGGAAGGACAAAAUCUAUAAUUUGGGCAGCUAGAUAUUGAUGACUGUUUGAUUGGAUGUAGUAUGACAUUUGCCAUUGCCACAGUUGAAUAUUCUUGAAAUCCUAUUUACCUGUUAUAGCUGACCUGUAAUUUUCUUAUCUCAGUUUGUGAGGCAGUGGCCUGUUACUAUUUCAGGAUAAAGUUUUUCUUUCUCACCAAAACUAUCAUAGCAUGAAACCUGUUUAAAAUGGAAUGCCAUGUCCCUGAAAUUUACAAAAUGAGAGCAUGGAGCUUUUAAUUUGCUUUAGUAUUUCCAAACUGGUGGGUGUAAAUGCUAGUGUCAUGAAAUGAAUUUGGAUUAUCCGAAUGUAGGUCCUAAUAAGCUUGGACCUAGAGCAUAAAACUGCUACUAACUUAGUACAAAACUAAUAUUCUCUCUCAGAAUGAUUCAAGGCAAGUCAUGUGAAAGAUGAUGAGCAAAAAUAGCCUCUGUCCUUUCCUGUAUUUCACAUAUAGUCUGAGAAGAAUGUCACUAUUGAACAUAAAUUUAGGGUGAAUGCUGACUCUACACUUCCAUUUGCUUAAUGAUCAGUGUUGCUUAUAAGUCAGUAUUUACAUGUAAUCUCUACAUUCUUUUUGGAUGUUCUUGUCCCAGCUACCUUUUUGAUAUGUUUUAAGUCAAAGUUGGCAUCUAAUAGUCUAAAAAUUGAUCCUAUUUUCAUAUUAAUAAAGUCUUACAUUUAUAAUAUGCAAGAUCACUAUGAAGAUAGUUCAUUUUUCCUUGUGAUGUAUUUGUAGCCUAUCAGCCAUACAACGUUGUGGCUAUAUUGUUGGCAGCUUAAUAGUAAUGAAUAAACUUGAAACUGACUACUGUUUA